AUGAGUUCGCUCUACCGGCACCUGCGCGUCCACCAGGUGUUCGGGGCCAACACCGACGUCGGCAAAACUCUUCUCACCGCUGGUCUCGUUCGCGCGUCGGCUGCUCUCGGGAACAGCGUCUACUACCUUAAACCUGUGUCUACGGGACCCAUACAAGACGCCGACGACGAGCACGUAAAGCGCUUCGCUGGACAACACAAGAACCUUGUCGAGGCUGCAUGUCUGUUCCGAUAUGACGACCCGGUCAGCCCACAUCUGGCUGCAACCAUGCAGGCGGCGCGGCGCGGUAUUGAGACCCCCUCGUAUCCUUCAGAUCCAGCGUUUGUCUCAUCAGUAGCAUCGCAUAUACGUUCUCGUGCAGCUCAAGCCUUGCGACCUGCUUCAAACGCGGCCCACAUGUACGUCGAGACGGCAGGCGGCGUUCAUUCUCCCGUCCUCUCUGGCAGCUCUCAGCUCGACGCCUAUCGGCCUCUACGUCUUCCGACCGUCCUUGUCGCCGACUCGCGCCUUGGCGGCAUCUCCGCCACUAUCGCCGCAUUCGAGAGUCUCCUCAUGCGGGGAUACGACCUGGAUCAAGUCCUGAUCUUCAAGGACGACUACUACCGAAACUACGAGUACUUGCAGCCAUACUUCGCCGAGCGCGGCGUGCGGCUCGACGCUCUACCUGCACCACCGGAGCGACAUGCGGACGAUGCGGAGAAUUUCAAGACCACGGACGCGUUCUAUGCUUCGUUGACGCCGGGAAGUCGCAAAGGAGGGAUGUUCGACGUCGUAAAGCACCUGGAUGCCUGUCACGAGAAGAGGUUGGACGAACUCGAGAGUAUGCCGCGCAGGACACUUGACAGUGUGUGGUGGCCAUUCGUGCAACAUGGGCUGUAUGGCAAGGAGACGGACGUGAAUGUCAUCGAUAGCGCAUGGGGCGACUACUUCAGUGUAUACAACGGACAUCGAUCAACGCCUAAGGAGAAGGUCUCGUCCGCGUCAUCAUCAACUUCAGUGCUAGACCCCCAGUUUGACGGCUCGGCCUCUUGGUGGACCCAAGCCCUUGGCCAUGCCCAUCCAUCCCUCGCAUUGGCCGCAGCGCGCGCUGUCGGACGCUACGGUCAUGUCAUGUUCCCGCUCGCAACACACCUGCCCGCUCUCAAGCUUUCUGAGCGCCUCUUGCAAGGGCCAGGACGUGGUUGGGCUGCGCGCGCGUUCCUCUCCGAUGACGGUAGCACGGGAAUGGAGGUUGCGCUCAAGAUGGCCAUUCGCACUUAUCUCACUCGCAACCCCGACGUUAAGGCGGCUGUAGACGAGGAGGAGAAAACAGGGAGUGGUAAAGGAAAGAAGGGGCUGGGUGUGUUGGGUCUUGAGGGCAGCUACCACGGCGACACUAUCGGUGCAAUGGAUGCGUGCGCUCCCGGUGUAUACACUUGCGAGUGGCACGAUGCGCGUGGGUUCUGGCUGGAGCCGCCCACAGUGGCCAUCCAACGUGGCCGCACCGUGAUCACGCUCCCUCCAUCUCUCGGCGGCGGGUUCAAUGACCCUGGGCCGCUCACAAAGGCGUACGAUGUGAAGAAGCGACUGGACUCCGACCUGGCCCAGGCGUACGAAAAGCACAUCACACAAGCGCUGGAAGGCUUAAAGGAGAAGGGCGAGAGGCUUGCGGCGCUCGUACUCGAACCGAUCGUGCUUGGUGCGGGCGGUAUGCUCUUUGUCGACCCGCUCUUCCAACACGUGCUCGUUGUCACCGCACGCAAGCUCCUCAACCUCCCCGUCGUUUUCGAUGAAGUCUUCACUGGCCUAUAUCGUCUCGGUCACUCAAGUCCUUCGUCGCUUCUUCAGGUCGCGCCCGAUAUCUCAGUGCAUGCGAAGAUUCUCACAGGCGGACUUGUACCGCUUGCUGCGACCCUGGCGAGCAAAGAGGUGUUCGAAGCAUUCUGGGGCGAUAAGAAGGAAGAUGCUCUUUUGCAUGGACACUCGUACAGCGCGCAUGCAGUUGGAUGCGAAGUUGCGCUCGAGACGCUGGGAAUACUCGAUAAGAUGGAGAAGAGUGGGGCGUGGGAUGAAGCGCGUGCGGCGUGGGGUGUGCCAGCUGCUGCGUCGACGGGUGCAGAAUCUGCUUCCUCGGACGUCGCCGUAUCCUCGCCUGCUACUCCCGACCAGGGAGCGCCCAUCUGGAGUGUCUGGAGUCCAUCGCUCGUGGACGCACUCUCCAAACUACCUGGCGUACGCGAGACGAUGACGAUGGGCACCGUACUCGCCAUCACAUUCGAAGACGCUCAGGCCGGAUACGCAUCACACACAGCCGCGGCCCUUCUAUCACCUCUCACGUUCCCGGACAAGAAUGCAGAUGCGGGAGAGCUGAGCGCUGCGCCUGGCGGCGCGCCGUUUGGCGUCCACCAUCGCACACUCGGGAAUGUUGCAUACUUCAUGACUUCCCUCAAUACGCCGUCCGAGAGUGUGCGGGCGGUCGAGGAUAGGUUGUGGGAGGUGCUUAACACCGGCUUGCGCGGAUCUAAGUUCAAGUGGACGUAG